AAGCUACCAGCCAAGAUGUUGGAAAUAUAAUUGAAUAUAAUGAAUUCCAAUUAUUGAAGAUCAUAUCAGAGAGCAUGGGGAUUAUGGGAACAAUCCGUUUGCAGGCGAUAGCGGGCCACGCCCGGAAGCAUGUAUUUCUGCUGGGAUCCAGAAAGUCUUCGCCGGAGGCGGCCGCGGUGCCGAAGGGGCACGUGGCGGUGUACGUAGGGGGGAGGACGGAGGAGAAGAAGCGGCGGUACGUGGUCCCGAUAUGGUACCUGAAGCAUCCGCUGUUCCAACGGCUGCUCCGCCUCGCCGAGGAGGAGUACGGGUUUCACCACCCAAUGGGAGGCCUCACCAUCCCCUGCACCCAGUCUGCUUUUUCGACCGUCACUUCCGCCAUCCUUUCCCAAUGUCCGCCGCCGCCUGCCCGCCGGAGAUCGGGAUCAUCUUAAUAAUACAUAUAUAUGAAUUAUGAUCACCAUCGGCAUUAAUAUAAUUAAGCUAGCUAGUUAAG